UGCUGAUCAUGUGCCCUCAGAAGUUUUCCGGAUUUCUGGUGACUUUAAUAUUCAGUUUAGUUUCCGCGCAACAACCGUGCACCAGGUUCUAUGAAUUGCCGCCAAAUCAACCUAGGAAUAUAACAAGUUUAAAUUAUCCGGGAGCUAUUCCCAGUGGAACUAACUGUAGAUUUCGUUUAAGAGCUCCCAGAAAUCAUGCGAUUCACCUGAGUUGUCGUUUUGAGUUGUCUCCCGACACUUGUGGCACUGAGUACCUGUUUAUCUCCCGCGAUGGCGACCUGCAGUUUCGGGAUGCGGAGCGGCAUUGCCGCAUGGGCCAGCUGAACCGGAUAUCCAACUUCGAGACCAUGGCCUUCGCCUACUACUCGAGCAGUCCGCUGACCCAACAGCGGUCCAGGCUCAGCUGCCAAGCGGUGGCCCGUCCGCGGCCCUGCGAGUGCGGUUGGUCCUAUCCAAAUCGCAUUGCCAACGGAGUGGAGGCGGGAAAGCACGAGUUUCCCUCAAUGGUGGGCAUCCGGGACCUGGCCUCCAACCUGCCCAUUUUCUGCGGCGGUACCAUUGUCAGCGACAGGUUCAUUUUAACAGCUGCCCACUGUACCGCUCGCCAACCGGUAGCAAGGUUGCUAUUAGCACUUGUUGGGGAGCAUGAUCUAAGCACAGGUAGCGAAUCGAUCUAUGCUACUGAGCAUCGCAUCCAGAGCAUCAUCAACCAUCCUGGCUAUAGAGAAACGGCAUCUGGAAACAUAAACGACAUCGCUUUGCUGCAAACAGUAACAUCCAUGGAAUGGAACCGUGGAGUGGCGCCAAUUUGUCUUCCCAUCCGAGAAGCAGAGAGCCCCUUCAACUACCUGAAUGUGGACAUCGCGGGUUGGGGAACCUUGGGCUUUGCAGCCUCCAAAUCGAACACCCUACAGAAGGCAACCCUGCUGACGAUGGAGAACAACGCGUGUCGCGAGCGAUUGAACUCCAGCCUAUCUGCCAGCCAGAUGUGCACCUACGAUUCCCGGGGAAGGGGCCAGGACUCGUGCCAGUACGACUCCGGUGGUCCGGUGAUCCUGCGCCAAAGGGGGCGGAUGUUUCUGCUGGGCGUGAUCAGCUUUGGCAGGAGCUGCGGACAGCCCUUUGGCGUCGGGGUCAACACUCGGGUCACUUCGCACCUCAACUGGAUGUGGCGCUAUGUGGGCGGGGCUGUGUGUGUGCGCUAAGGAUGUGCAUCAUAAGGACUUCUCUAUGCAUACACUCCAAGAAAAAAAAUGUUACCCAAACAAUCGUGUUUUCUUUAAAAAUGUGCUUCUUUUGAGUCUUAAUAUUAUGUUUAGAAAAUUGAUCAAUUAAAUGAAUUUGGAUUUAAAUAAA